AUGCAGCGCUACAGGCUUGGGGCAGAGUGUCUGGAGAGCUGCGUGGCAGAGAAGCUGGAGGUGCUGGCUGAGAGCCAGCUGAACAUGAGCCAGCAGGAUGCUGAAGAGCAGGAUGCCUUUGUAGCGUUCCAUGUUGACAAGCGGCUGGUGAGCAAGUACUUGAAGCCACUACAGAUUGGGGAGCUGGCACCAGAUGAACCCAAUGUUGAACCCACUAAAAAUAAAAUGCUGGUGGAAGACUUCCGUGAAUUGCGUGCCACUGUUGAGAAGAUGGGUCUUCUGAAGCCAAAUCAGCUCUUCUUCUUCCUGCACCUCAUUCACAUCCUCUUGCUGGAUGCUGCUGCUUGGCUCAUUCUCUUCUACUUUGGGACUUCGUUAAUACCCUUUAUUGCCUCUCUGGUGGUACUGACAGUUUCCCAGAUCCAGGCUUCAUGGUUACAGCAUGAUUUAGGACAUCUUUCAGUCUUCAGGACGAUCAAGUGGAACCACUUGCUGCAUAAGUUUGUGAUGUGCCAUUUGAUUGGGGCAUCAGCCAAAUGGUGGACUCUUCUGCACUCCCAGCAUCAUGCCAAGCCCAACUGCUUCCGGAAAGAUCCUGACAUUGAUAUGCACCCUUUCUUGUUUACUCUGGGGAAAAAAUUCUCUGUGGAGCUUGGUAUCAAAAAGAAAAAAUACAUGCCAUACAACCAUCAGCACAAAUACUUCUUCAUCACUCUUCCUCCGCUCCUGUUUCCCACCUACUUCCACUGCCACACAUUUUACAUUGCAUACACAAAAAGGUACUGGGCGGACCUUGCCUGGAUGCUGUCCUUCUAUAUCAGAUUCUUUUUUAUGUAUGGAUCAUUAUUAGGAAUAAAGAGUCUCCUAGCAUAUUAUUUUAUAUUCAGGAUGCUGGAGAGCAGCUGGUUUGUCUGGGUCUCACAAAUGAACCAUAUCCCAAUGGAUAUAUAUUAUGAUAAGAAUUUGGACUGGGUGUCUACACAGCUCCAGGCAACAUGUAACGUUGAGCAGUCUCUGUUCAAUGACUGGUUCACUGGGCAUCUAAACUUCCAGAUUGAACAUCACCUGUUCCCCACGAUGCCUCGACACAACUACUGGAAGGUGGCUCCUCUGGUGAAGUCCCUCUGUGCCAAACAUGGCAUUGAGUACCAGUGCAAGCCUUUGCUCACCGCCUUUGCAGACAUUGUGCACUCUCUGAAGAAUUCAGGAGAACUCUGGCUUGAUGCCUACCUACACAAAUAAGAAGACAAGGCUUGUUAAGAAGAUAAUACUAUUUGCAACCUGCCAUG